UAUUUUUAAAGGACAGAAGCACGAAAUAAAAAUCUUCUUUCUCUCGUCUCGUCUCGUCUCGUCUCUGUAUUGUUUUGUCUGGGUUGCUUUAUUUAUCUCUCUACCUGUCUGUGUAUCGAAAUAGCGGCUUUACGUCCUGGAUUUGGUCUCUCUAUAAAUCUCCGGAGGUGUUCUUCGUGUUAGUCUGUUUCUAUGCCAUUUUGUCAAGAAAAUGGGAGAAGUUAAGGGAUGUUGGAAAUUAGGACGAAUGCUUCCAAAGGAUAAGUCUGCAAACUCCUACAACGUCUCUCUUCUGUUAUCUCCGGUUGUUUCUUUUUGGGAUUGUAUUGUCCGUAAAAUGAGGUAUACCUACAUACCUGAGUGGGUGUAGCAGUCCCUGAGAUCAUUGCGCCUUGGUUCAGUGUUAGUUCAGUUAUUCUGUUUGUAGAAUCGUAGAAGUAAAGGGAAAUAAGCAAGGAAAAGAAGAGUAAUGUAUACGUUUUAGUUUUUUUUCUUUCACUUUGGAGAGUAUCCAGAAGCCAGGCAAAGAAAAGACUUGUAGCAAUCAUGGAUAACAGUAGCUCAAUACGCAAACAAGCUCAGCCGAUUGUUAGAAAAGCAAAGAAGAAGCAAGUAAAAGAUGAAGUGGACAGGAUUAAACAAGCUGAGAAGAAAAAGAGACGUCUUGAGAAAGCCAUUGCUACUUCUGCAGCGAUCCGGGCUGAGCUAGAGAAGAAGAAGCAAAUGAAGAAGGAAGGACUGCUAGAGGCAGCAGCAGGUGAAGAAGAUUCAUCAGAUGCUGUAAAAAAGAAGCAGGAGAGAGACGAACUGGAGCGUAUCAAACAAGCAGAGAAGAAGACGAUACAUCUGGAGAAAUCCAGUGCUACUUCUGCAGCCAUCAGGGUUGAGCUGGCCAAGAAGAAGCUUAAAAAACUCGAGGAACAAAAGAGAUUGGAUGAGGAAGGUGCCGCCAUCGCAGAGGCUGUUGCUCUGCAUGUCUUACUUGGCGAAGAUUGUGAUGACUCAUACCGAAAUAUGCUGAACCAAGAAACAAGUUUCAAGCCAUGGGACUAUACUAGCAAAUUCAAUCUUUCUAGUGGUGGAAGAAACAGAUUCUUUCCUCACCAGCGCUGCUCGAGCUAUGCGGUUCACAGACCAAGAGACAGUAGUAGUAACUGGUUAGUCUCAUAUGAGCCUUUCGCAAGGGGAUGGGAUAACAACAACAUGGGAAUAUCAGCUGAUCUUAUUGCUGCUCAAGCAGUGUCGUCACUACAAAUCUCUGAGAAUACUGAUGUGGACGCAAUUGUCUUCAAUGGGAUGCUCAGAAGAUAACGUAUAUCAUAUUCUCAAAGAAUAAAGCAUUUGUAACAUUAAAAGUUUGUGUGCUGUUUUUAUUUCACCACAUAGCAAAAAAGAAACACCCUUUGUGUCUCUUACGCUGUGAAAAAUACUUCCAUCUCUAUUUUAUCUUUUAGAGAAGUGAGUGAGACUCAUAUGAUUUGUUUUUGUUUCUUUUUGUUGUUGUACUUUAUUGAAUCUUCUCAUCUCAUUUCA